AUGGGAGGGUUCAGCACACUGAUUGUUCUCAUCGCUCUUCUCGCCGCCGUCGCCAGUGGACUUCCGGCCAAUCCCUACCGCGACCUCGGCAGCAAUUGCUCGAAGAAGGGCAUUGCCGAGUUCUGUCAGGCCGAGAAUCUGUUCUGCUUGCGAAGCGCCUGCAGUCAGUGCAUCCUUCGCGAUCCUUUCAAUCCAUUUGCGUCGUUCUGCAAUCGAUUGAGCUCAUGCGUGUGCUCGAUCAGCAAUGACAUCGAAUGCGAGCAGAAGAUCAGCGCCACCUGCUACUGA